AUGAAAACGUCAGCAAUCGAGAGAGAAACCAGUGAUUCCACAGCGCUUGCUUAUGACACAACGCUGUCGGCCGGACCAGAGUCGCAAGCUGCACUUCUGAGGAGAAAAUCGAGCCGGCUCGCUACAGCUCCACCAGAAACUCCACCAUCAACUCCAUCCACUAGCAGAAAGCUGCCUAUGACUGGUGCACAGUCGUCAUCUUCGGCGAACGAUAUCACCACAGGCGACGAAGUGGUUGUCGUUGAAAGCGGAUACUCCCUUCGUCGUCGCAAAUCGGUGACCCCUCCAAUUUUUGUAGUUGCUGUUGAAGUUACCACGUCAUUUGUCCCCACAAAACGUGAUGAUGAACGUUCUGCUGAUCCUAUCAUUCUACCGACUUGUAAUUUUGAAAAAGUUAUUUCAGAAACCAUGUUUUCGUCUGAUAGCGCUGAGAUUUUGAAUGCACUCGCUUUGGAUAUCAUCAUCAAUGAAGCUUCUGCUCUUUCAACAGUUAAUAUGGCUACAUUUGCGCAGUUUGUCUUCAAUUUAUUCGAACCAACCACACCUAUUUUCGGCGAACUUGUCGAUAUUGAACCAUCAAAUCUACCGGCAAACUUUACAACCAUUUUUGAACUGGCAUCACCUCAUCAAUUCCGCCACCGUCUCGACUACAGUUCGUUCAAUGCCAUGCUUAUGAAUCGUCUCCCGGAGAACGGUCUACAUGCUCUCACCCUUGACUCUCGUAGAGUGAGCAUGCUGAAGAUUACAAAGUUCGUGGAUACUGUAAAAGAAGCUGUAUCGGAGAUUUGUGAAGAAUUGAGGACGCGCAGAACUUUGUCAAAGGGUGAAAUCCAGACAGAAAAGGAUUUAUCGUCAGAAGUGCAACAUCUUAUUACAUCUCGCUACGUGGAGACUAUGAUGAAAUUGGCUGAUGCUUGCCAUAAAGCGAAAAAUGUGCCUGCUCAAGUGAUUGCCGAUCGCUUUAUGCAAUCCUGUCUCGUGCACAAGCAACGCCUAUCUAACUGCGAAGCGUCGGCAUUUGCGUUCUUCAUAAUGGCAACAAGAAAAGAAUCGUCAUGA